UCCAUCUUGCAUGCCCAACCUCUUGACAUUUAAAUGGCCACUAAGUUAAUCAAGAGUCUGAAACAUGCACAGUAUAAAUAUAACACAGACAAUUUACUAGUAGUACUGAAUCAAAGACUAUUGUGUACUUGGUACAAAACAAUGCAGUCCAUAAUCUUUAUCCCCUUCAACACAAUGGUUGCCACUGUAAUAUUAUCUUGGCUUUUAGUUUCUGCUGAUGCCAAGACUCUAGAAUCAGAAGUGGAAGUUCUUCGUGCCAUCACAAUGUCCGUCGAUCCUGUCUCAAUCACCGAAUAUUCAUUUCUCAGUACUUGGAAUUUUGACUUGGAUCCAUGCGAGAGCACGGGGUCAGAUUUUCUUGGCAUUUUAUGCACAUUGCCUCAAGAUAAUUCAAGCAGCCAAAUAACAACUCUUGAUCUGGAAGGGGACGGAUACGAGGGCUUUCUCACGCCUGCCAUAGAAAAUCUAACAGCACUAACAACUCUUAAUCUAAGAAGGAACCAAUUUCGAGGCCCGAUUCCAACGACCAUUUCCAGAUUAGGAAACCUUACUAGCGUUCUUCUAUCAAAUAAUUUCUUUAGCGGCAACAUGCCAGAUGUUGGCAAGCUCAAGAAGCUUGUAAAUCUUGAUCUUUCGAGAAACUUGCUUUCCGGACCAAUCCCUGACUCCAUUUCUGGUUUAAGAAGACUGACUCUCAUGAGUAUGUCAAACAAUGAACUAGUCGGCGUAGUUCCUGACCUUAGUGGACUAUGGCAGCUAAACACAUUAGACCUCAGUGGUAACCAGCUUAUGGGAAAUUUUCCAGUUCUUCCUCAGAACCUACGAACAUUGAACCUAGCCCGUAAUUUACUUUCUGGCCGCGUUACUUCCCUUCAGAUAAUUGAAAACCUAGAGUCAAUAGAUAUUAGUGACAACAGGCUUUCUGGAAACAUAGAUCCUGAUAUACUUACAUUACCUUUCUUAAAAUACCUUAAUGUUUCUAUUAAUCGAUUCACAUCUGUCGAGGUGAACAAGUUUGCAGACGACUCCUCGCUGCUUGAGGUUCUUGACAUGCAUGAAAACAGAUUGCAGGGAAAUCUGCCAAUCAACUUGUUUACCUAUUCCAACUUGACCUCACUCAAUCUCGGCCAUAAUGUGUUUACUGGGCCAAUUCCAGAAGUAUACGGAGAUAGGCUUGGAAAUCCAUGGCAAAGCUUGUUCUUGGAUUACAAUUUUCUCGAGGGAAAUGUUCCGUCACAGUUUACUAGUACUCAUGUUGACAUUAUAGGCAGCCUUGCACACAAUUGUCUCAACUGUCCGAGGAAGCUAGAAAUUUGUCGUGGAGGCCAAAGACGAGCUUCUGAAUGUGCUAAGCAGUAACUAACUUCUGUUAAGUUUGAAAUUAUUGCCUGCGUCUGGUGAAAAUUAUAUCAUGAAAAACAUGUAAUAGCUGCUUGUUUGAUGAAUAAAUUUGUGUGAUGUGACUGUGGUUACAAGAUUCUAA